AUGACUGUCUCCUACACCGCCGAGGUGGCAACAUGCAGCUAUUUUGGCUGCUUCUGGAAGCUUUUGAUGAGAUGGCGCGCCAGCAUCUACAAGAUUAUAUGGGUUGAUCUUCUGGCAUUUCUGUGUUGCUACUACUUGAUGGCUAUUAUUUACCGCUAUGCUCUAAGGGAUGUCGAUAAACCUAUUUUCGAGGACAUUGUGAUGUACUGUCACAGCUAUAGCAACCUGAUUCCGCUUUCCUUCGUGCUGGGUUUCUACGUGGGCAUUAUUAUAGAGCGCUGGUGGAGUCAGUAUAUUACGGUUCCCUGGCCCGAUCCCUUGGCGGUUUAUGUAAGUGCCUUGGUUCGCGGGCAGGAUGAGCAUGGUCGUCUGAUGAGGCGUACGAUUAUGAGAUAUGUGUGCUUGUCCUUGACCAUGGUGCUGUCGAUGAUAUCCCCCGUUAUAAAGCGGCGCUUCCCCUCUUACGAUCAGUUAAUUGAAGUGGGUCUUCUGAAUGCCAACGAGGCCAAUAUCAUAAGGGCUAUGGAUGCCAAGUUCCCGAAGCAUCCCAAGUACUGGAUGCCCAUCGUCUGGGCUGCGAGCAUUGUGACAAGGGCCCGAAAGGAGGGACGUAUCUGGGAUGACUUCUCGCUGAAGUCUAUGAUUGAUGAACUGAAUAAAUUCCGAGCCGGAUGCAAUAUGCUGAUCCAUUACGAUACGAUCUCAGUGCCAUUGGUUUACACCCAGGUUGUAACUCUGGCUGUUUACUCGUAUUUUGUGGCCUCUAUUUUCGGCCAUCAAUGGAUUGAUCGGGAGGUCAAACACUACAACAAUAUAGUUAGUUACUACUUUCCGCUGUUCAGCACCCUGGAGUUUUUCUUCUUCAUGGGCUGGCUAAAGGUGGCCGAAACUCUGAUUUGUCCCUUUGGCGAUGACGACGAUGACUUCGAACUGAACUGGCUGAUCGAUCGGAAUCUGCAGGUCAGCUAUUUAAUCGUUGACGAGAUGCACAACGAUCACCCGCAGUUGGUGAGGGAUCAGUACUGGGACGAGGUCUUCCCCAACGAACUGCCCUAUUUGGUGGAGUCUGAGAGGGCCGAACACCCGGAGGCCUCCACCGCUCGACUGGGCAUCCCAAAAGUCAACGCCGCUCAUUCGGUCAAGAGCGAGGCCAGUUUGGAGAACGACUUUACCGAAUUCGACGACGAGGACGAGACCAAGGACGAAGUCACGAUUCGAUUUGCCCGUCGCGAGUUCAGCUGGAGCAAAAGCUCCGUGUCGAUAACGUAUUCCUCGGGCAACCAUAGCAUAGAUACCCUCAGCUUUGACGACCAGGGUGGCGAGGAGAUGGAAAACGAGGUGGACUCAAGGACUGUGGAUUCCGGCAGCAAGGACGACUUCGAUCGGCUGCGGGAAAAGCGGGAAAGGGAGCGUGUGAACCGGCAGAUGCAGCAUGCCGCCCUCGCGAUGGAGUUGAUGAAGGGAGAACUGGGCUCAAAUGCGGGAUCGGAUACAGGAUCAAGUCGCACCAAUGUCCCGCUGAAGGACUCCGAGGUCCAGACCGACAAGAGCUACACCAGCCAACGGAAGAAGGACAAGGAUAAGGACAAGGAAGCCGACAAGGAAUAAAAUGGGAACGUAAAAAGGAUAGUUUGCA